AUGGCGGACUCUCAGGCAGCCCUGGCAUAUGAAGAGCCUAGCAUUGCAAUAAUCUUGAAUCUAGCCGGCUUGCUCCUUGCUUUGAACUUACUCAACAGCUUUCUUGAUAAGUUUCUGUACUGUGGGUUGAUCGGUCAAUUGUUCAUCGGCAUUCUCUGGGGCACGCCUGGAGCGCAAUGGCUUGACCGGGAGACGGAAACUGUCAUCCAGCAGCUGGGUUAUCUUGGCUUGAUUAUGCUGGUGUAUGAAGGCGGCCUAUCAACAUCGAUAAAAUCACUGAGAGCAAAUAUUCAUAUUUCUCUAUCUGUUGCUCUCACCGGUAUUAGUGUCCCCAUAGGGCUAUCAUUUGUACUCAGAGACUUGGUUUCGGCGACCCCCCUCCAGGCCUUUGCUGCUGGCGCUGCUCUGUCUGCGACAAGCCUCGGAACGACGUUCACCAUAUUAUCAACUACGCAGCUAAUUACAACACGACUUGGUACAGUGACGACCGCUGCUGCAAUGCUGGAUGAUGUUGUUGGUCUGGUCAUGGUACAGAUUAUAUCGAAUCUUGGCGGUAGCGGCUCUUCCUCUUCGUCUUUCAGCGUCGUGACAGUAAUUCGUCCUCUAUUUGUGUCCAUUGGGUUUGCUCUAUUUGUCUUUCUGUUGUGUUCAUUCUGUCUUGGCCCCUUGCUCAGAAAAAUGUUUGAAGCUAGGUGUAGGUUGCCGAGCUUUACACGCACGGAACAAUUCGCGUUUGUCGUCCACACCUGUGUUUUGGUUGGCAUUAUUGCUGCUGCCACUUAUGCUGGAACGUCAAGCCUUUUUGCCGCAUAUCUUGCCGGGACGAUUAUUUCCUGGUUUGAUGCAUCCAUUGCAGACAGCUUGAAGACUCGGUUGGCGUCUGCUACAUCGCAAGAGCAAGCCUCUCAUCAAACAGAGUCUCUAGAAAACAGCAAUGGACAAAGCCCUUCGCUGGAAUUGCCUCCCAACCAAAGGGCCUCGGUUUCUCAAAUCCCAACUGGAGAGAUAAUCUACGAAAAAUACUUCAAAGAACCCGUCCACCGAAUACUUAUUCCGUUGUUUUUUGCAUCGAUUGGUUUCGCAAUCCCAAUCACCAAAAUGUUUAAAGGAAGUAUCGUUUGGCGUGGAAUUGUUUACGCUAUUUUGAUGGCCUUCGGAAAGAUGGUCACCGGCAUUUGGCUGGUGCGAUUCUCACCGGUCUUGAUAUCCAAACCUGCCUCCAUACUCAAGAAAUUUGCGGUAUUUCCACGCCAAACAAAACUUUUUCGGAAAGAGAAAGAAAAGCGCAAAGCAAAGGGAAAACAACCUCAAUUGGAGCUCAAAUGCCAACCAGCUAGUAAUUCCACAGCAAAUAACCAAGGAGAAAGCUCGCACACGUCGACUUCGCCCACAAAGCGAGAUACAAACUUAGUUACAUCUCAACAUGAAAAUAAUUCUUCACUUCCUCCGAAACCGAAAUCACUCUAUCCACCGGCCAUCCUCGGGUUGGCGAUGAUUGCUCGGGGCGAAGUCGGCUAUCUCAUUGCAUCGCUUGCUGAAAGCCAAGGAAUUUUCUCGGCGCAGGAAUCAGACUCGUCUACGUCGUCUUCAUCUUCUGAAAUAUAUCUAGUUGUCGUCUGGGCCAUUUCAGUCUGCACGUUAAUUGGACCUAUUUGCGUUGGGACGCUCGUGAAAAGGGUGAAGAAGGUGCAAAAAGCAAGAGUCAAUUCAGGAACUCCAGACCCUUUGGGAGUUUGGGGUUUAGAUACCUAA